AUGUGUUUCUACAAAACCUGUAUCAGACCUGUAACAGAAUAUGCGUUUCAGACUUUCCAUGAUGGUCUUCCUCGCUACCUCUCUGAAGAGCUAGAAACAAUUCAGCGACGAGCUCUUAAGAUAAUCUCACCCGCCCUGAACUAUGAGCAAGCUCUUAAUGAACACAGCAUGACGACCCUUCACCAACGGCGCAAAGACCUGACAGAGCAGCUCUUCAAAGAAAUUAAUGAUGACACAGUCCAUCGAUGGGUGCUCACAUCUCAUGAGAGAGCUGCCGUAACUCAAGCUUGCCGUAAGAUUGCUGGAAUUGCUGAUGAAGAUGAUGCUGGAUCUGUAAUCAAAGAAAUGGGAGAAUCUCCAUCAGGAAUAAGAGCAAGCGACUACUUUGGACCAAUGCUUGUGAAGCAAGGACGAUCAACAGUCAAGAGUGACAAGGUGAUAAGGUUAAUCCCUAAAACUCUCCGCCAUUUGAAAAUCCUUGACAGCUUAGAACAAGCUGAACCAGAGAAGUAUGAUUUUUGGACGUUUCCAGGAUCCAUCGGUAAAUCAGUUGACAUUCAUAUCAAAUCAAUGGAUUACGGAAACUUUACCAAGUUUCUAGAUGGUCACGGCAUCAAAUAUGAAACACUACUGUACGACAUACAACGUGUCAUCGAUCAUCAAAACGACCUUCCAGUCAAUGCAAACGAUGCGACAACAGAUUGGUAUAGAAAAUAUCAUCAUUUUGAAGAGAUAGUUGACAAGAUCCAUCACCUUGUCAAAGAGAACAAGAACAAAGCCAAAGUUGAAUUGUUCAGUAUUGGAAAAUCAGUCAGGAACAAAGAACUAUGGACCGUGAAGAUUAAAGGUGCUCCGUCUYCAAAUAAAGCUAUCAUAUUCAUCAAUUGCGGYAUUCAUGCGCGCGAGUGGGUGAGCCCUCCUACGUGUAUAUACAUGAUUGACCAGUUGAUCAAUGGAUACGGCAAGAGUGGUAAAGAUGAUGUUACAGAGAUUUUAGACAAGAUGGACUUUGUCAUUCUACCAGUACURAACCCAGAUGGCUAUGCUUUUUCUUGGCAACCGAAACGGAGAUUUUGGAGGAAAAAUAGACGACCAAGACCUAGAGGACGCGUCUUUAGGUCAGUGUAUUGCUAUGGAGUUGACCUGAACCGAAAUUUUCCCGACCACUGGGACAAACCAGUUGGCUCCAAGUUUGCACAAUUCAUGAAUCGUUUUCCAUGUUCACCAAUAUACCAUGGACCUCGGAAAGAGUCGGAGAUAGAAAUCCAGUCGGUUGUAGAUUAUUUAACGAAGCUCAAACAGGAAGACAAUCUCAUGGCCUACUUUGACAUUCAUUCAUACAGUCAAAUGUGGAUGUUACCAUUUGGGUUUACCAAAGAACGUCCUCCCGACUAUGACGAACAGAGGAGAGUUGGUCUUGAAGGAAUAAAAGCCAUCUACAAACAGAGUGGGAAAAUGUAUGAACUGGGGAGCUCGUCAAGACUUUUGUAUAAAACUACUGGCACGACCAAAGAUUUCGUUUAUGAUMAACUCAAGGUCCCGUAUACAUACGUUCUUGAAUUGCGUGAUAAGGGAAGGCAUGGUUUUGUUUUGCCAGCCAGCSAGAUCCUACCAACAGCUCAAGAAAUCUUUCAAGGCAUCAAGGCCGCUGUUAAAGCAAUGAAUCCAUCUUAUAAGACAAAAUUAUGACGUGCAUUAAUACAAAGCUCAUGCUGAAUGCUGAAUAUUUAAAUUGCAUUUAAUUAUCCCUAUGUUAGUCUAUAAUUUUUCAAUAAGGCGAUAAGAGGUUCGGAUUCAAUACUCCAAUUUCGAGUUCUGGUUUGCUCUGUGUUAUUUGCCUCAAAACGAAGUAACAUAUUCUAUAUUGUUUCAUUGAUAGSCCGAGAAAACGCAUGGAAUUUGAAAAGAAAGACAAUGGAAUGGACACUUUUAUUCUCGCAAUUAGGAAUAUUUUGCGCACAAAUGAGGCUAACACAGAGCAUUGGAGAAUUCGAAACUGRAUUAUUCCUAGGGACCUCACGACCUCGUUCUUGAUCGUGCGAAAACAAAUAUAUUUGAGAAUUAAGUUCAUCCAAUAUUCAGCUAAUAGYUCACGGUCAACCCCUUUGUUGGGCUCCACACACAAUUUCACACUAUCUAUGCCCAGCAUUUUUUGGCAAGGGACAGGAAGCCCAACAAUUAAAAGGGUAGGCAGUGAAAGGACACAGUGACGGAUUUAGGGGAGGGGCCGGGGGAGGGAGGAAUUAAAUUCUAAUCUUCUAAAAUGAAAAAUAACAAAUGAAUCUGCUAGUUUCCUAAUCAACUAGCUAAUUUUAGAUCAGAUUUGUCUUGCUUUCAGUGGUGGUCUUUUGAAACGUUUUUAAAAUAAUUCACAUCAUAAAAAGCGAGAUCUAAAGUCCAAAAAAGGACUGGGAACUAUGACGUAACACCAAUGUGUUUCUCGCGUUUAUGUUAAGCACCAAUUUGAUCCUGGGUGGUUUUUGCAGUGGCCUUCUAGAUUUUCCUUUUUAAACCGCACCCUGGUCUGUACUUCUCGACCGCGGACUAGACCACAUUGUCAGCUAAUAAGACAAAAGGCAAGUCUUCUCAAUUAAUAAACGAGUUAAAAACUACCAUUGAAUUGCAGGAURCAUUUCAUUUCACAAUAACUAGUUAUAGAAAUACGUCGUACUUUAAUUCCUGAUUUAACUCUGAUCAUGAAAAUAGUAUAAUUUAUUAUAUAAUUAUAUACUACCUUUGAAAGUCAGACAAUGCUAAGUCCUUUUUUCUAAAUUCAUAACUAGAUAUAGGGCACUCUUACUUCAGACCUUUUUCCCUAAUUCCUUGAUACACAAAGGAAAGCAUCCAAGGAAUGUCUUCUCUAACAAAAUGAGACUUUUUCAAAAAAUUAAAGACGUCCAGUUUAUUCAAAGAAUUAAAGAAUCGUAAUUUAAUAUCGACAAUAUAUGAAAAAUAGGAACAAGAGAAACAUCAAGGCAGUGACAAAAAAAAUUUAUCUGAUUGUUCGCCUUGCGUGAUGACCUGGGACAAGGUGAAGGCCCUGCUCGCGAGGAAAGCUUGAAGACUGGCAACGCUGGAGCACGGCUUGGUUGCUGUGCAAUACUCCAAUUUCGAGUUCUGGUUUGCUCUGUGUUCGCCUCAAAACCAAGUAACAUAUUCUUUUGUUUCAUUGAUAGCUCGAGAAAACGC